AUGGCCGACGCUGAGAGACUCGCGGUCGCUGCCGCCCCUGGCCGCACUAAUCGUGAAAUGGCGGCUAUGGCUGAUCGGUCUUCAAAAGUUGACAUGAGCUACAUUCGUAGCUGGCACUUUGCGGGAACUUAUGCAGGCAUCGUGCUCCAGGUCGGAGCUUUGUCCAUCGCAUUCCUCUGGCCAAUGGCGGUGAUCAGCUAUAUCAAUCAGGACAUAGGACCAACUCCAAACUACACGAAUGUACCUGUUGUUUAUACGGCGCUUAACAGCGUUGGGCUCCUAGUCUGUGGACGACUUUCCGACAUAUAUGGCCGCCGUUACUUUUUCCUAGGGAUGCAGCUCUCGGGGAUUAUUGGUUCAAUCAUCGCUGCGACGGCCAAGACGAUCACAACGUUGAUCGUUUCCUCACUCUUCAUUGGCAUCGCGUCUACUCUGUCCGUGGCGUAUAUGAUAUUUAUGGGAGAGAUAGUUCCCGUCAGACAUCGGGGCUUCUGGUCUGCUUCGAUUUUGGCCUGGAUCUGUCCUAUCCAGUACUUUGCGCCCACCCUUGCUACUCUGUGCGUUUUGCAUCAAUCGUGGCGGUGGAUCUACUACAUCGCUAUUAUCCUGCUCGGAUGUUCUUUUGUUCUCAUUUUUGUCUCGUACCAUCCCCCGUCCUUUGGGCAGCUGCAUCAAGAGUUCUCCAAAAGGGACCUUGUCAAGUCGCUUGACAUUGGUGGCAUUUUUCUCUGGGCGGUCGGCGCCGUACUCUUCAUCCUCGGAAUGAGCUGGGGCGGUGGCCUUUACCGCUGGGAUUCAGCCCCCGUGAUAUCUUGCAUAGUCAUCGGGGCGGUGUCCUUUAUCUCGUUCUUUGUCUGGGAGGCCAAUUUCCCGCUUAAGGCUCCUCUGGUGAACUGGUCUUUCUUUGUAUCGACGCCGCGGAAAUAUCUGUUCCCUUUUGCCGUCAGCACCAUUGCCGGGAUGUUCUACUAUGGCAUCAGUCUCAUUUGGCCUAUUCUCGUGCAAGCCGUCUACACUUCAGACCCAAUACAGGGCAGCUGGUACUCAACAGCUGUCUACACUUCUAUCUUCGCGGGUGCGACGAGCGGAGGUAUCUUCUUCCACCUCGGAGAUCAUCAUCGCCUCAAAUGUAUCGUGGCUAAUGCCUUCAUGGUGAUUUUCACCGCGGCGGCUUGCACUCUCAAUCGACAUCAUCAAACCACCAGCAUUGUCUGCAUCUGUCUGGCGUCCUAUGCCACCGGUGUGCUCGAAACAAUGAUGAACAUCUGGAUGACUGCCGCCCGGAGCGUCGAGAACAUCGGCCUCUCGUUAGGCCUUUUGGGUGCCUUCCGAUCCCUGGCAGGGGCACUUGCGCAGGCCAUCUACGUCACCGUGCUGAACAAUAAGUCAACAGUUCUCAUUCCGCAGUAUGUCACUGCCGCAGCGCUUAAGGCCGGCCUCCCCGAAUCGUCGCUGGGUGCUUUGUUUGCCGCAAUCUCUGCCGGCACCGCCGAAGCAUUUGCAAAUGUACCGGGGAUUACACCAGCUAUCCAGUUGGACGUGAUCAAUGCGCUUAAGGAUGCCUACCAGAAAUCUGGUAGCUAUGUCUAUAUCGUUGCGACGGCAUUUGCAGGCUUGGGUUUGAUAUUGUGUUUCUGCAUGGCUAAAGAUCUCAGCGAAGACCUCACCUCCCACAUUGGAAAGUCCUUGGACAAUAAGACGGCACAACAGGAUCACCCUAGCGGCGAUAAAGUCUCUAGCAAUGAGGGAGACCUUGAAAAAGACGGGAAUUAUAGGGCGGCAGCCGCUGUCGAAAUUACACACUGCGAGGACCUUAAUACCGACGCUGUCCAACGAGUGUGA